AUGUCUUUCAGGUGGCUCCUUCUCUGUCACGCUCUGUGCCUCUCCUUGUUGAAAGCUUCGGCCCACACCGUGGAGCUUAACAAUAUGUUUGGUCAGAUCCAGUCACCUGGCUAUCCAGACUCCUAUCCGAGUGAUUCAGAGGUGACUUGGAAUAUCACUGUUCCAGAGGGAUUUCGGAUCAAGCUUUACUUCAUGCACUUCAACUUGGAGUCCUCCUACCUUUGUGAAUAUGACUAUGUGAAGGUAGAAACCGAAGAGCAGGUGCUGGCAACCUUCUGUGGCAGGGAGACCACAGACACGGAGCAGACCCCUGGCCAGGAAGUAGUGUUCUCCCCCGGCUCCUUCAUGUCCAUCACUUUCCGGUCAGAUUUCUCCAAUGAGGAGCGAUUCACGGGUUUUGAUGCCCACUACAUGGCUGUAGAUGUAGACGAGUGCACUGAGCGGGAGGACGAGGAGCUGUCCUGCGACCACUACUGCCACAACUACAUCGGCGGCUACUACUGCUCCUGCCGCUUUGGCUACCUCCUCCACACGGACAACAGGACCUGCCGAGUGGAGUGCAGUGAUAACCUCUUUACCCAGAGGACCGGCGUGAUCACCAGCCCCGACUUCCCCAACCCUUAUCCUAAGAGCUCGGAAUGUUUCUACACGAUAGAGCUAGAGGAGGGUUUCAUGGUCAGCCUCCAGUUUGAGGACAUUUUCGACAUUGAGGAUCACCCUGAGGUGCCCUGCCCCUAUGACUACAUCAAGAUUAAAGCUGACCCAAAAGUUUGGGGGCCCUUCUGUGGAGAGAGAGCCCCAGAACCCAUCAAUACCCAGAGCCACAGUGUCCAGAUCCUGUUCCGCAGCGACAACUCUGGCGAGAACCGGGGCUGGAGGCUCUCAUACAGGGCAACAGGGAAUGAGUGCUCGGACCUACAACCUCCUGUCCACGGGAAAAUCGAGCCCUUGCAAGCCAAGUAUUCCUUCAAAGAUCAGGUGCUCAUCAGCUGUGACACAGGCUACAAAGUGCUAAAGGAUAAUGUGGAGAUGGACACAUUCCAGAUCGAGUGCCUGAAGGAUGGGACAUGGAGUAACAAGAUUCCCACCUGUAAAAUUGCAGACUGUGGAGCCCCAGCAGAGCUGAAACAUGGGCAAAUCACCUUCUCCACCAGGAACAAACUUACCACAUACAAAUCUGAGAUCCGAUACUCCUGCCAGCAGCCCUACUACAAGAUGCUCCACAAUAUCACAGGUAUAUAUACCUGUUCUGCCCAAGGAGUCUGGAUGAAUGAAGUACUGGGGAGAAGCCAGCCCACAUGUCUGCCAGUGUGUGGGCUCCCCAAGUUCUCCCGGAAGCUGAUGGCCAGGAUCUUCAAUGGACGCCCAGCCCAGAAGGGCACCACCCCCUGGAUUGCCAUGCUGUCACACUGGAGUGAGCAGCCCUUCUGUGGGGGCUCCCUUCUAGGCUCCAGCUGGAUUGUGACCGCGGCUCACUGCCUCCACCAGUUACUCAAUCCAGAAUACCCAGCCCUACAGGACUCAGACCUGAUCAGACCUUCUGACUUCAAAAUCAUCCUGGGUAAGCAUUGGAGGCGCCGGUCAGAUGAGAAUGAACAGCAUCUCAGAGUCAAACGCUUCUUCCUCCAUCCCCUGUAUGACCCCAACACAUUUGAGAAUGACGUGGCUCUGGUGGAGCUGUUGGAGAGCCCGGUGCUGAACGACUAUGUGAUGCCCAUCUGUCUGCCCGAGGGGCCCCCACAGGAAGGCGCCAUGGUCAUCGUCAGUGGCUGGGGGAAACAGUUCUUGCAAAGGUUCCCAGAGACACUGAUGGAGAUUGAAAUCCCAAUUGUUGACCACCGCACAUGCCAAGAGGCCUAUGCCCCUCUGAAGAAGAAAGUGACCAGGGACAUGAUCUGUGCUGGGGAGAAGGAAGGGGGAAAGGACGCUUGCUCAGGUGACUCCGGAGGCCCCAUGGUGACCCUGGAUAAAGCGACAGGCCAGUGGUACCUGGUGGGCACGGUGUCCUGGGGCGACGACUGUGGAAAGAAGGACCGCUAUGGAGUGUAUUCCUACAUCUACUACAACACAGACUGGAUCCAGAGGGUCACCAGGAUAAGGAAUUGA